UGGAGAUUGGGGGUUACUUUGUAGUUAUCAGACACACUGGGAAUUGAUCUGGUCUUGAUGUUAUUUCCAUCUCAAUUGAUUACUUGUAUCUGAUUGAAAUCAUUGCUUCAAGUAUCACAAGACGCUCGCGCUGAAUUCCCUUAUUCUGGAACCUUGGAUCGCAUUGAUCAGGUGUACCUCACUGCCAUCCAACCCACCAUCGAUAGUUCACCCCACGUCUAAGAUGUCGAUUAAAGUCUCGGAUCUCACAGAGGCGGAUAUUCCAGGGGCAGUAAAGGCAGUGCAACAAGCAUUCAGCGGCGACCCGUACAAUGUCUGGGUGUACGAUCAAUCAAAGUUCAACCAGCAACGAAACUACGAGUCCCUAGCCCUCCGGAUGAGAUGGGGCAUGCGCAACGGCAUAUUCCACGUCGCAAAAGAACAAGGCAGUGAUGAGGUCCUCGGCGUGGCGAUGUGGCUUCCUCCACAGCCUGCCAACGCGCCGCCGACGUGGAAUGAUUGGUUCGAGGGGUGGCGGCUCUGGUUUGGACAGGUGAAUUAUAACUUGUGGUAUGGACGCGGGGGGUUGAAUGUCAAGCGAUACUACAUCUGGAAAGAGGCCCAAGCCAAAGCCCAGCGCGAGAUCUGGACCGAUCCCAGGGGAUACUACUUCCUCAACAUCAUGGUCGUGCUGCCUUCCGCUCAGGGGAAAGGUGUGGGAGCAAAGAUGAUGAAGGCUGUUACGGACCGGGCUGAUGAGGAGGGUGUGAAGUGUUAUUUGGAGUCUAGUAAGGAUGUGCCGAAUGUGAAGAUUUAUGGGCGGUGGGGGUUCGUGUUUGAGAGGGAGAUGAUUUGUGAUGAUGAAGGGGAUGCGAUUCGGUUGUUUACUAUGGUGAGAGAGCCUGGUGCUAAGGCUGGGGAUGGGAGAGGCGGUGGCUAA